AAAAUCUUUCACCUCUUUGCACAACAUAUGUUGAAAUGGUGGAAGUGCUGGAAUUAGGCACAUCCUGAGCCUUCUUUUCGGCAUGAGGCGUCUCUGACUUUGUAGCUGGCAUUGCUGGCCCUGGUAAAGCGUCACACUGAAGGGCAGUGCAUGGAACGUGAUCGCACAGUCCUCCAGACUCCAGCUGUGCACAGCGUGAGAAGGGCAGUUACCCUGUGGGGCAGCUGGCCUUCAAGUCCAAUGGAUCAGAUGGGGAAGAUGAGGCCUCAGCCUUAUGGAGGAAACAACCCCUACACACAACAGCAGGGACCUCAGGCGGGGCCACAGCAAGGACAUGGCUAUCCAGGACAGCCCUAUGGGCCGCAGACUCCCCAGAGAUAUCCCAUGGGAAUGCAAAGCAGGACACAAAGUACAAUGGGCAGCAUCUCGUAUGCGCAGCAGAUUCCACCUUACGGACAGCAGGGUCCCAGCGCAUAUGGGCAGCAAAGCCAGACUCCAUAUUACAACCAGCAAAGCCCUCAUCCCCAACAGCAGCAGCCUCCGUAUUCUCAGCAGACUCCAUCCCAGACCCCUCACUCUCAGCCUUCUUAUCAGCAGCAGCAACAGCCUCAGUCUCAAGCUCCACAGCUUCAGACAUCGCAGCCUGCGUAUUCUCAGCAGCAGUCCCAGCCGCCCCAUCAGCAGUCCCCAACUCCAUAUCCUCAGCAGCAGUCCACAGCCCAGCAGCACCAACAGAAUCAGCCUCCCUACUCACAGCAGCAGUCACAGUCACCCUACCAGCAGCAGCAGCAGCAAACUCAGCAGACAGCUUCCUCGGCUCUUUCUCAGCAGUCGUCUUCAUACCCUCAGUCACAGCCGCAGCAGCAGCAGCCUGCAUAUUCCCAGCAACGCUUCCCCCCUCCUCAGGAGUUAUCUCAAGAAUCUUUUGGCUCCCAGACGUCAUCUGCUCCCUCAAUGGCUUCCAGUAAAGGGCAAGAGGAUAUGAACUUGAAUCUUCAGUCCCGACCUUCUAGCCUGCCGGUGAGUGGUGAGCUGUUCUACAAGUGAACGGGGCGAGAGCAAUGAGAAGCACAGCAGGAUAAAUUAGCA